CCCCCCUCAUCAAUCCAGAAGAAGGAGGAGGAGUGGUUGUGCUGGUCUGGGGAACAGCUGCAUAUCCAGGAUCGCCCUCUCCCUGAAAAGUGUGGUAUUCUUCCAUCGACUAAGUCCACGGGAAAGUGUUUGCCAGGAGCUGUUACUCUGCAGAAAUGCUGUGUGUGCAGAUCCAACUUCUGGUUUGUUCCAUGCUGCUAGUUUGCUACAGUUUGGCUGAAGACGAUGCAGCUUUGAGUCAGGACCAAGUGCCCUACUUUUUGAACAAAGGGAUGUUUAUUAUCCAAAGUGAACAUCUCAACCUGUGCAUUAAAGCAGAUACAGUUAGACUUGUUCUUGAAGACUGCAAUCAACUUUCCAAAUAUAUGUUGUGGAAAUGGGUAUCGAAACGUCAUCUUUUCAACAUAGGCAGAAGCACUUGUCUAGGACUGAACAUCAGUAACGAAGAGCAACCAUUAAGCCUAUUAGAAUGUGAUUCUGCUCAGCAUUCAUUAUGGUGGAACUGUAAUGGAAAGCUGUUGGUUGGUGCAUCACAAUACAAACUAGCAGCUGAAAAUGGCAAACACAUUGUGGCAAAAAGAAUCACUAAUCACGAGUGGAAGCAAUACAUGUCCUAUGAUGAAGAUCUUUGUGAACGUCCAUUUCAAGAAACAUAUACCCUGCUGGGAAAUUCUCUUGGUUUCCCUUGUAUUUUUCCAUUUAAAUAUAAGAACAAAUGGUACUUCGAAUGUACCAGAGAGAGCAGGGAAUUUUACUGGUGUGCCACAACAAGUCAGUAUGAACGAGAUGAAAAAUGGGGGUUUUGCGCAAAUGCUGAGCCUGGUAGUGAUAUUUUUUGGGAGAAGAACCCUGACACCCAAAUUUGGUAUCAGUUCAAUCUUUUUUCUAUUCUUUCUUGGAAUGAGGCACGUGUUGCCUGUCAGACGCAAGGAGGAGAUUUGCUGAGUAUCACAGACAUGGCAGAACAGAAGUAUAUAAGCAAAAAGUUAAGCACUAAAGGAAUUCUGCUAUGGACAGGGCUAAAUAGACUGGAUGAAUCUGCUGGCUGGCAGUGGUCCGAUGGAGCACCAUUGGCAUUCUUGAACUGGAGAUCAAAUCUCACCGAUCGCGCACUUGGAGAAAAUCACUGUGUGGUAUUUAAUUUAAAGGCGCAGUGUGACUGGCAAAGUUAUAAAUGUGAAUCUGGAUUGCCUUAUGUAUGCAAAAAAUAUGGAAAUAGUACAGCAUAUGAAACAUUUGAUAUAUGGAAGUACCAUCCUACCCGCUGUAACACUGGCUGGUAUCCCUACAACCGCAACUGCUACAAACUUCAUAAAGAGGAAAAGAACUGGAAUGAGGCUUUACUCUCUUGCCAGACUGAUAAUAGCAACCUCAUUAGUAUAACUUCCUUGGCAGAUGUGGAGUUACUUAUUAACCUUCUUGAAGAUGAAAAUGUAACCGAAACAUGGAUUGGCUUGAACAGUAAUAAAACCCCAGUUAUUUUUCAGUGGUCUGAUGGCUCCUCAGUAACCUUCACUAACUGGCACAAACAAGAGCCUAAUAUCUUUCAGAGAACAAGUCAACUUUGUGUUUCAGCGCAAGGAUCUGCAGGACACUGGCAAGUUAAAAAUUGUGAGGAUAGAUAUUUUUACAUUUGUAAAAUAGCAGGACGGUUUGAAAAUGACACGUCCAAGGAGGAAUCAGACUGUUCAGAGGGAUGGGAGAGACAUGGUGGAUUUUGUUACAAAAUCGACAAUACCCCUCGAAGUUUUGAACAUGCUUCCAGUGGCUAUUACUGUCCUCCUUCACUUGUAACAGUAACAAACAGAUUUGAACAAGCUUUUAUCAACAGUAUGAUUCGUAGCAUGGUGGAAACUGAUAACACCUAUUUUUGGAUAGCCCUACAAGACCUUAACAAUACAGGAGAAUACUUCUGGCUAACUACAGAGGGGAAGAAUCAGCCUGUGAGCUAUACAAACUGGAACAAGCAUCAGCCAAGCCAUUCUGGAGGGUGUGUUGUUGUUCGCAGAGGGCAGCCUCUUGGUUACUGGGAGGUGAAAAACUGUAGAAGCUUCAAAGCUAUGUCACUGUGUAAGCAAAAAAUUGAAUCAUAUGAAGAAAAUGAGCCUAAUUUUGAAGAACCUUUGGAUGUAUGUUAUCCUGGAUGGGAAUCGGAAUCUAAUCUGCUCAGCUGCUACAAGGUAUUUCACAAUGAGAAAGUCCUGAUGAAAAGAACAUGGGAUGAAGCAGAAGCAUUAUGCCAAGAUCUUGGAGCACAUCUUGCCAGCUUUACCCAUGUGUAUGAAGAGGAUUUUUUGAACACAUUUUUAAACAAAAUGUUUGAUCGGGCUGAAGAAAGGCAAUUCUGGAUUGGAUUUAAUAAAAGAAACCCCUUGUCUGGAGGAACAUGGGAGUGGUCUGAUGGAACUCCUGUUGUAUCUGCAUUUUUACAGAAUAUAUAUGUUGAAGAUGAUUCAAGAAAUUGUGCUGCAUACAAAGUAAAUAGAACAAUCCUGCCAUUGCAUUGCAAUGGGAAGCGUGAAUGGAUAUGCAAAAUACCAAAAGGUGUUAAGCCAAAGAGACCACAGUGGUACAUAAAUGAACCGCCAUGGUCUUAUUAUCAAGGAGCAGAAUACCUCUUUCAUAUUAGUGCCUCAGAGUGGACCAUCUUUGAGUUCAUCUGCGGUUGGCUUCGUGGUGAAAUAGUCACAAUACUAUCCUCUAAUGAACAAGAAUUUAUUCACAGUAGAAUAAAACAGCUAUCAAAAAGUGACAUACGCUGGUGGAUUGGAUUGCACUCUGAAGUAUCUAGUGAUGGAUUUCGGUGGAGAGAUGGGUCACCAUUAGUAUAUGAGAACUGGAAUGAAGGAAGAGAAAGAUCUGCGCGCACACAAGGUGAAAGAUGUGGCUUCAUUUCAUCACAGACAGGACUCUGGGGUGAUGAAAACUGUACCAUUUCUCUUCCCUCUAUUUGUAAGCGUAAAACUGUAUGGACAAUAGAGAGAAAAAUUCUAAAAGACCAGAACCAUCAAGGAAUAUGUCCCAAAGGAUGGCUAUACUUUGGAUUCAAGUGUUUUUUGAUACAAAUUCCAAAGGAUCCAGACCAUCUGACGAACUGGUACUCUGCCCAGACUUUCUGCAGUGAACAGGAUGGGUCACUUGCUUCUAUUGAAAAUGAAGUAGAACAAGCUUUUAUAACAAUGAAUCUAUUUGGACAGAAGACUAGUGUUUGGAUAGGUCUUCAGAGUGAUGAUUAUGGAAAAUGGGUGAAUGAACAUCCGAAGGUAUAUUCCAAUUGGUUUCCAGUUGAAGUAGUUCAUGGUCAGAGGUAUAACAGUGCUAAUAUCCAAGAACAAGUUCCGUUGUGUACCUUGGUAUCAAAUAACCCUAAUUUUCAUUUUACGGGAAAAUGGUACUUAGAAAGCUGUCAGAAAAAUUAUGGUUUUAUCUGCCAAAAGACUCAAGAUACGUCCAGACAUGCCAUAGAUGCAUCUGAGAUGUAUCCAGUACCAGAUACUUUAGAAUAUGGAAACAGAACAUAUAAACUAAUACAUGGGAAUAUGACUUGGUUUGCUGCUUUAAAAACCUGCAUGGCAGAUGGAACUGAAUUGGUCAGCGUUACGGACCAUUAUCACCAAGCCUUCCUCACGGUCAUUGUAAACAGACUAGGAUAUGCCCACUGGAUUGGACUAUCUACCUCAGAUAAUGGGCUUAACUUUGAGUGGUCAGAUGGUACCAAGUCUUUGUUUACCUUUUGGGGAGACGAGGAGUCACAGUCACUGGGCAGCUGUGUUUAUAUUGAUAUUAAUGGGCAGUGGAAAAGUGCUACCUGUGAAAGACUUCUACAAGGAGCAGUUUGCCAUGUGCCAACUGAAAAGAAAUUAAUUGAAUACAGAGGCUUAUGCUCAGAAAAAAAUGUCACCUGGAUAAAAUUUAGAAGCAAUUGCUACAGGUUUUCCACAGUUUUCGAGAGUACAAGUUUUGAUACAGCAUAUGAAUUUUGCAAAAAGCAAGGAUCUAAUCUUUUAACUAUUAAAGAUGAAGAUGAAAAUGCUUUUGUUCUGGAAGAAUUGCACCCUUUUGGUUCUUCUGUCCAAAGGAUUUGGUUGAACAUUCAGUUUGUUGCGAACAAUGACACAGUAGCAUGGCUUGAUGGUUCUCCCUUAAAUUAUUCAAACUGGGGCAUCAGGGAGCCUGACUUGGAUCAUCUCAAAGGGAAUUUUUGUGUUGCUUUGAGGACCACAGAUGGAGUAUGGCAAUUAUCUCCAUGCAGAGAGAAAAAGGGAUUUGUAUGUAAAAUGGAUACAGAUAUCUUUGCAACAGUGCAAACUGUAAAAGCAUCACACCGUGGGAUCAUGGCUCUAGCUGUAAUGCUGACAUUGGUGAUGAUGGCUGCUAUUUCUACAUUUCUGUGGUGCCUGUACAAACAGAACAGCAGUCUCUUCAGUAGAGUACGAUGGUUCAGAAAUCCAUAUUAUUCACAAACGAACUCUGAAGAUCCAGCUGUGGAAGAAAGCAUCCUCAUUUCUGAUUUUGAGAGAAACAGUGAAAAUUAAUGGUGCAAGAAGGACCAGAAUAGUUGCAUUUAACAAUGCAGAUAACACAAAGAAACUCUACAGAAUAGUUCAUUUUAUGAACUAGUUAACACAAAGAAACUCUACAGAAUAGUUCAUUUUAUGAACUAGUUACUACCUAGGACCAGAUCACACCUCAGUUUUUUGCAAUGGACAAAAUGAAGAGUGGAAAAACCAUUCAAAGGAGCAAAUAUCUGUCAAAAAGAAGGGGAGUGAAGCCUAAGUAGCAGCUGUUUGUCCCUUCCCUCUGCUCCUGUGGCAGCUUCUCUGUGUGAAUUCUCUGCAAUAAGGCCUCUGCAGAUUUUUAGGGAGCACAAAUGGGCAGAGAGGGGUUAGAACCAGGAAACAUAUGGAAUUCACAGCAUCAGCCCAUCAGCAUUAACUCGGGUAGGUUUGCACUCCAUUCCUGGAAACCCCUGUGGAAAAUGGGUUUGCUGAUUAAGAACAGGUUUCCUUUGAAGCUUUGCUAUGGGAUAGAGAGUGAUACUCCUUGAACAAUCCAUGAUGAUGCAAAAACCACAAUGCUUGCCUCUUCUGUUCUUACAGAUUCAAGUACACAGGGCUCAAUCCUGCUUCCAUUGACUUCAGUGGUACAGAUCAGGCCCUGGGAUGGAAACCUGUUCUAAUUUGAUUUUGAUUCAAUACAGUGUUGUUAAAUGAUCAGCCCAAGGAGAAUCAUGGUGAGUCUUUCCCUUGUGAGAGAACCUAGAAUUCUCCAGUUGCCUGAAGAUCCUCAGGAUAGGCUCAGAGAUCUCAGGACCUGCAAAACCUAUCAUACUACAUGGGACAAUUAAACAGAAACCCUAUGGCCUGAAGGCAGCAGAGAUUUUUCACUUAGCUUUGUUCCUUCUGUGUAUUUUGUUGUUGUUUGUUGCAUUUUAUUUUACACAGGAGGCAAAAUCUAGCCAUAAUUAACAUUACAUUUUUGCCCUGAUUUCAGGAAACUUAAAACAUAAUCAAAUUACUACAAGAAUCUUUUGCUCAAUACCCAGUUUUGUACAAAGAGAAUUACACUAGUAUCAUUUUUCAGACAUCGGAAUACCCCAUGUAGAUUUCCAGCAUGUGGAGAAAUAGAGCCAUUCUUGGUUGGUUUGCUUGCCUGUUUUGUUUAGGGGUUUUUUGGUUGGUUGGGGAGGGGUUAGUUUUUUAUUUGGUUUGUUUGUUUGUUUUGCAAAUAUAACAAUAUGGGGAAAAAAUUGGGUGUGUCAGAACUGACCAGUUCAGUCCACCAUUCCUACCUUAUUGUUAAAUUUAAAGACUUAAAACUUGCCAUGGUGUACAGACUUUGACUUCUUCACAUUGUUAAUAUAAUAACAAGAGUUACUCCAAGUUAUCUGUUAAAGAUUAAACUUUGAGAUGACACACUUGUUUCGGGGU